AUGUCUGUUUGUCCUGUGGGAUUUGUUUGGCCGGCAAGUGAUGGUUUCGAGGCCUUUCAAGAGAGUAUUACCAAUCGGAAAAAGAUAUUCAAUGGUCCCCUUCACCUAUUGAAGUCCAGGAAGACUAUCAUUGAAAAUUGGUUCAAUGCCGUUAAGGCCAGUCCUGCAAGUUUUGCGGUCCCAGUGGUGGUUGCUCUGCCGUUUUGGUCUUGCUUUCCCACUGAGCAUGACCCAGUUGAUGCCCGUGUUUUGGAUGUGGCCUUACUAGCCCCAUUCCAAGAACAAAUGGAUCGUUUCCUUCGGAGCCACUUGAUGCAACUCAUAUACAAGAUGCGUGCUUGGGUCAGGAUGCAUAAUAUGCGUGUGGCGGAGUCUUAUCCUUCUGCCUUGGGCAUUACUUUACCACCUGAGUGUCAGGCCUUUGUCACCUACCUCUUCCCUUUUGAGGAUGAAGACAAGGGAUGGGAUGGUCGUAUCCCUAAAUGGUACAAGACGCUUGAUUUAGAUUCUGGAACUGAGGUUCCGGAUUCGUACUUGCAAUACACCCCUCGCCCGCUGCCGUCAUCUGCUCAAGAUCCUGACAAUUAUGUUACACAGAGGUUGACAUUGCCUCAAAAAGCACCUGCUGCCGCUUUGCCACCAAUGGAUGAUAAUCUUGCGGAAUUCAUUCAGGCUACCAAGCGGCACAAGCCCAAUUCCCGUCGAUCACUGGUCCAUCCGCAAGUUACCCCCGCUCCCGAAGACUCUUUUGUCUUGACGGAGGAAGGAAACUUUGAAGAUGGACAUGGUACUAAUUAUGUACCCUAG